AUGCCGUGGAGAGUAUGGCAGGAGCCGGGAGUUGAUGACUUUUAUAAAGUCGUCCUGGGACGAUGGGGCAAACUCCUCCCUGAUUUGUCCAAAGCCCCCAAGUUGCUCGUCAUCGACCUCACGACCGCUUCUCCGGGAACACAAGUGAAGCGGUCGAUCGAUGACGUUAUCAAGGUGGAAGACGACGACGACGAGGCCUGCUGUGAUGAUGGCUACGGGAUGAUUGUGGGCGCAGUGGAUGCCACCCAAGUCGAGACGCAGGUGGAUACAGCCGCUGUGGAGGAAGCCAGCAAGAAUAUGAAAGAAAUUGGGGAAAGCCCAGCCGCAGCUUCCGCAGGUGGGGACAACGGCCUCGCGGAGACCCUCGCGCUCUUCGAGGAGGAGGACGAGAUUCCCGUCGUUAGUCGGGUGGGUCAGUUUCAGCAAAGGGAUAGGGGAAACAAGCUGAGACCGGAUCCCAACUACGAGGAGCUUGUCAAGAAAGGCGGCAAGCCCACGACACCGCCAUGCACGCCACCCCGAAGGACAUCAACCCCAGAACCCUCAAGCAAGAAAGACCACGAGUUGGCCAAAAAGUUGCAGCGAGCGGAGAGACUACACAGCUCCGACCACACGAAGCGCUACCUGUUCGAGCAGCCCAUUUUGGCGGAUGAGUGUGAACUUCCCCCGCUUACCGAUGUGGAGAAGGAUGCAAUGGCUGCCCGAGUUCAGGAGGCUGAGGCAUCCAGGCGUGUCCUGGAGAGUGCUGCCAGGGCAGGAGGAAGUGAAGAUGACGAGCCUGCGCGGAGGAGGUCCGAAAGGAACAAGGCGGCAACGGGUGCAGCAAAGAAAGAGCAGGAAGAGGAGGAUGAGGAUAUCGGGAAUCCACACAGCAAAAGCGCUGGUAGUGGCCGUGAUGCCCGGUUGAAGAAGAUGCCGUUGACAGCAAUCGACUUGGAAGUGGAGGAAUUGGAAAUGGAGGAAGGAGAGGAGAUCCCGAAGCGCCGUGGCAAGAACGCGCCUAAGAAGAAGCCAGUGCCAGAGGAAGUGGAGGAAGAGGAAGACGAGAUUCCGAAGAGCCGUGGCAAGAACGUGCCGAAGAAGAGGCCAGUGCCAAAGGAAGUGGAGGAAGAGGAAGAGGAGAUCCCGAAGAAAGGCCGUGGCAAAAAAGCGAUGACAAAGAAGGCAGUGCCAGAGGAGGAAGAGGAGGAAGAGGAAGAGGAGAUCCCGAAGAGCCGUGGCAAGAACGUGCUGAAGAAGAGGCCAGUGCCAGAGGAGGAAGAGGAGGAAGAGGAGGAAGAGGAAGAGGAGAUCCCGAAGAGCCGUGGCAAGAACGUGCCUAAGAAGAGGCCAGCACCAAAGGAGGAAGAGGAGAUCCCGAAGAAAGGCCGUGGCAAGAAGGUGAUGAAGAAGGCAGUGCCAGAGGAGGAAGAGGAGGAAGAGGAAGAGGAGAUCCCGAAGAGCCGUGGCAAGAACGUGCCGAAGAAGAGGCGAGUGCCAAAGGAAGAGGAGGAAGAGGAGGAAGAGGAAGAGGAGAUCCCCAAGGCCCGUGGCAAGAAGGCGCCUAAAAAGAAGCCAAUGGAAGAGGAGGAAGAAGAGGAAGAGAAAGAGGAGAUCCCCAAGGCCAGUGGCAGGAAGCCGUCUAAGAAGAAGCCAGUGCCAGAGGAAGAGGAGGAAGAGGAAGAGGAGAUCCCCAAGAAGCGUGGCAAGAAGCCCCCUCAGAAGAAGCCAGUGGCAGUGGAGGAAGAGCAGGAGGAGGAAGAGGAGAUCCCCAAGAGCCGUGGCAAGAACGCGAGCAAGAAGGAGCUAGUGCCAGUGCCAGAGGAGGAAGAGGAGGAAGAACAGGAGAUCCCGAAGAGCCGUGGCAAGAACGUGCCUAAGAAGAGGAAAGUGCCAGAGGAAGAGCAGCAAGAGGAAGAGGAUGGUGGGCGCAAGAAGUUGACGAGACGAGUCAAUGGCAAGAGCCGUGAUCCAAGGGAGGCACAGUCUUCAGACGAGGAGGCUGACGAGGAUGAUCCAAGUGGUGCGGAAGGUUCCGGGAGUGAGAUUCAUGAUCCAAGUGAGGAGAAUGAGUCGCCAGUCCGGCCCAAGGCCAAAGCAAAAGCGAAAGCGAAAGCGAAAGGGAAGGCCAAAAGUGCACCCAAAGCUAAAGCCAAGGUGAAAGCCAAAGCAAAAGGGCAACCGAAGAAGAAGCCGGGCCGCCCCGGUAGGCCUAACAAGACCGACGGCGACGAUGGGGUUUUUGCAAGAAGGCGAAGGCCCCCAACGAUUCCAGCCUGUUUGCGUUGGGAAGCCAUUGUGCGGGUGUUCCAGUCGGAGAUUGUGCCAAAGCUUGAGGAAGCUGAGCUUCCCAUGUCUUGCUGGGAGGUGCUGGGUGUGAAAAUAUAUUAA